UCUCCAGGAGCAGGGUCAAGCAGCCCUGCCCUAUGCAGUGCAAUUUGGCCACGUGAUUGGGCACACCUCCGUAGCCUGAAUAAUUGCUUUCAGUUGCUUGUGCGCGAGGUGUUGGUGUCAAGUGGGAGGCCAACGGUCAGAGCUAACUAAAGAGAGACUAAUCAGCGUUGCUGUCGUUUCCUCAUGCUGCCCUGUGAUUGGUCGGCACCUGGCAGCGGUUACUUAUAAAGGAGGCUAAGCCCUGCCCCCUCUCUAACUCUGUAAAUGCUAUUGAUGCUGUGCAGGCCUAGCAGUCUUGGCGGAUCUGUGAAUUGGUGUGCGUGUCUUUCUUGUGUGUGGAAAUGGGGCUUACAGAGGGAGUGCUGAGGCUGCUUUCUGGCCUGCUUCUGAUUUCUCUCCUGGUGGACUGCGUCCCGGUGCCGCCGGGGAAGCCGCGGAAGGGCCCGGAAGGGGACCGGGUGUCCGAGCCCAGCACCGUCGCCGUGUGGUGCCACGAGUCCGCCGUGGAGAUCCGGGUGAUGGCCGACCUGUACGGGACGGGUGUCCUGGUCGACGGGGCGGACCUGCGGCUGGGGCGGCACCCGCUGGCCAAGGGCGCCGGACCGGCGGCGAAGUGCGGCGCGGCCGCGGUCUCUGGCGUGGGGGAGGGGGGCGAGUACGUCAUCCUCGCCGAUCUGACCGACUGCGGGACGGAGCUCGUGUUCACUGAUGACUGGCUGGUCUACAAGAACUCCAUAUUCUACUCGCCAGCGCCUUCGCCGAACGGCAUCAUCCGAUUGGAGGAAACCGAGAUUCCAUUCAAGUGCCAUUACGGACGGCAGUACAGUGUGGACAGUAACAGUCUGGUUCCUACGUGGAUCCCCUUCAUUUCCACGCAGUCUGCUGAGGACGCGUUUUACUUCUCUCUCAGACUCCUGACGGAAGACUGGCGUUCUGAGAGGGCCACCAACGUCUACUUCCUCGGCGAGGUCAUCCAUCUGGAGGCCUCGGUCGUCCAGGGCAACCACGUGCCCCUCCGCGUCUUCGUGGACACCUGCAUAGCCACCCUGGUGCCUGAUGUGAACUCUGACCCCAGAUACGCCUUCAUUGAGAAUGGGUGCUUCACUGAUGCCAGGGUGACGGGGUCUCGCUCCUGUUUCUUUCCCAGAAACCAUGACAACAACCUGCACAUCCAGCUGGAGGCGUUCAGGUUUUUCCAACACUCCAGGGACUCAGUCUUCAUCACCUGUCUCCUGAAGGCUGAGCCAGUGGCCCUCGGUGGAGCGUCCUCAAACCGGGCUUGCUCUUACGCUGACGGAAGGUGGACGGCCGUGGACGGGAACGACCAGGCGUGCGGCAGGUGUGAAGGUCCCCGCGGUUUCUCCACCGGCCAGAAAACCCCGGAAAUCGGGGUGUGGAAGAGGGGGGCGAAGGCCGAGGCAGGGGCAGGCGGCAGAGCUGCGACUGAACCUCCCGCUGGUGCUUCUGCUUUGGAAAAGUCCGUGACCAUCGGCCCCCUGAUCUUUCGUAAGCCCGAGCAAGUCGAUGCGCCCGAGGUCCUUGCAGCUGAGCAUUCAGGCACUUCUGUGGACACCCCAGCCGUUAUGGCCACGGCAGGCAGUGCAGUGGACCCUCCAGCUGUCGCAACUGAUUCAGGCACUGUGGUGGACACCCCUAAGGUGCUUCCGGUCGAGCAGGGGAAUGCUUCGGUGGAGGAGGCCUCGAAUAAUGACUCCACACUUCCUUUGACUGGGCGAUCUGCAAGUACUGCUCACUCCCCACCGGUCCAUUCCCUCGAAGCAGGCACCGAUGUGGACCCCUUGGCUGCGUCAACAGAGACGGAGGACACCUUGAGCACCUCCGUCCUGGCGAUGGAGCAGGUGGAGAACUUGGACGACCUCAAGGCCGAGGAGGCGGAGGCUCGAGUGGGCCCACUUGAGGUGGACACCCUGGUGGAUGAAGAUGAACUGGAAGGGAGUGUGGGGGGAGUGUGGGAUUAGUACUGGGUUGAGUACCUGGCCCAUGCGUGCGCUUAUUCACGUGAAACUUCAGUACCCGAAGAUCCUUGGCUGAAAAUUGUCAAUUUAUAGGCCAAGUCACUUGGGGACUCUGGAUAUGAUCCAUCUACAUGAACAAAUGUAAAAAGGGGUAAAUAAAAGGCUACCUUUUAAAACUG